UUCCGGGUAUGUAGUGAUGACGACGAAUUUACUCUGCGAAACAUGGAUUGUGGCGACAUGAGUUUGUUUUGCGAUUUUUCCCCAUAUGUCUAAUGAAUAUUUCUGUUUGCGAGCACGAUGAGUUUCAGUAAUCGCGCUGCUGUGAUUGCUGUGUUAUUGAUUGUAUUGACGGCUAAUCUGGGGCGGUUUGCGGCAGCAGAUGAUCAGGCACACAGUAAAAACGAUGAAGAAUCUGACAUUAGUAAAGCUGUCAUUGAUUUACAGGAUCAGAAUGGCGCUGACGGACACGGAGAACAGCUGAUCAGGUUAAAUGACACGGAAAGCUCGAGCAAUGAGACCGUUCAGUCCACCACCCCUGGGCCCAAGCCCACGACCCCCGAGCCUCCUAAAAACGAGCCCAUCCUGCCGGUGCAGACAGGCGUCAAGGCCCAGGAGGAGGAGCAGUCCAGCGGGAUGAGUAUUUUCUUCAGCCUGCUUGUCAUCGGUAUUUGUAUUAUAUUGGUGCACCUGCUGAUCAAAUUCAAGCUUCACUUUUUGCCCGAGAGCGUGGCUGUGGUUUCACUGGGGAUUCUGAUGGGAGCGUUCAUCAAGAUCAUCGAAUCGCAGCAGUUAGCCAACUGGAAGGAAGAAGAGAUGUUCCGUCCCAAUAUGUUUUUCCUAUUACUUCUACCGCCAAUCAUUUUCGAGUCAGGAUACUCAUUACAUAAGGGUAAUUUCUUCCAAAACAUAGGCUCGAUAACACUAUUCGCCGUUUUUGGAACCGCGAUCUCAGCCUUCAUCGUGGGAGGAGGAAUCUAUUUCCUGGGACAGGCUGAUGUUAUUUACAAGAUGACAAUGACUGACAGUUUUGCCUUUGGGUCUCUGAUCUCCGCUGUGGAUCCAGUCGCCACUAUCGCUAUAUUUAACGCUCUGAACGUGGAUCCGGUGCUCAAUAUGCUGGUGUUUGGAGAGAGCAUCCUAAACGACGCAGUGUCCAUCGUAUUAACAAAUACAGCGGAAGGCUUUGCAGGCUCAGAUGUUUCUACGGGCUGGGAAACCUUCAUGCAGGCACUUGGCUACUUCCUGAAGAUGUUCUUUGGGUCAGCGGCUUUGGGCACACUCACUGGACUCAUCUCUGCCAUUGUCCUGAAACACUUCGACCUGAGGAAGACACCGUCUCUGGAGUUUGGGAUGAUGAUUAUAUUUGCGUACCUGCCAUAUGGUCUUGCUGAGGGCAUCAAACUCUCCGGUAUCAUGGCCAUUCUGUUCUCAGGUAUCGUCAUGUCUCAUUACACUCAUCAUAACUUAUCGCCCGUCACCCAGAUUCUCAUGCAGCAGACUCUUCGAACCGUGGCCUUCAUGUGCGGUGAAAACGCAAGCGUGUUUGCGUUCCUGGGGUUGUCUAUCUUCAGUUUCCCUCAUAAGUUCGAGCUGUCUUUCGUCAUCUGGUGUAUAGUUCUGGUUCUUGUCGGUCGGGCUGUGAAUAUCUUCCUCUCCUUUCUGCUCAACUUCUUCAGAGAUCACAAGAUCACCCCCAAAAUGAUGUUCAUCAUGUGGUUCAGUGGUCUGCGGGGAGCGAUCCUCGCUCUCAGUCUUCAUCUGGGUCUGGAGCCCAUAGAGAAGCGGCAGCUGAUCGGAACCACCACCAUUGUCAUCGUGCUUUUCACCAUCCUGCUGCUGGGGCGGGACCAUGCCCUCAUCCGCAUCAUGGACAGAGAGAGCCAAACACGGCGCAAGAACAAGAAGGACGCUAACUUGAGCAAAACUGAGAAAAUGGGUAAUGCCAUUGAGUCUGAACAUUUGUCGGAGCUGACCGAGGAAGAGUACGAAGCUCAGAUAUAUCAAAGGCAGGAUCUAAAGGGUUUCCUGUGGCUUGAUGCCAAGUACCUGAACCCUUUCUUCACCCGUAGACUCACGCAAGAGGAUCUGCUGCAUGGGCGGAUCCAGAUGAAGACGCUCACUAAUAAGUGGUACGAGGAGGUGCGUCAGGGUCCGUCCGCCGAGGAUGAGGACGAUGAGGCAGAACUGCUCUGAGACAAUCACACGAGGAGA